AUGAAGCAACAAAUUCGGGCUCCCUCCUACGUUCUGGGCGUCGGCUUGACCAAGUUCCUCAAACCACGCGGACAAGUCGAGUACACUGAACUGGGCUUCGAAGCGGGUAUCAAGGCUCUCCUCGACGCCCACAUCACCUACGACGAUGUCGAAAUGGGCAUCGCCAGCUACUGCUAUGGCGACAGCGUCAGCGGCCAGAGGGUGUUUUAUCAGUUCGGUAUGACCGAGAUCCCGAUCAUCAACGUCAACAACAACUGCGCCAGUGCGUCCACGGGCAUCGCCAUGGCUCGGGACGCCAUCUCGCGCGGCGGCGCCGACUGCAUCAUGGUCGUCGGCUUCGAGAAGAUGAAACCUGGCAGUCUUGAACGGAAUUUCACCGACAGAGCAGACCCUGUCGGACGGUUCAUGGAUAUGAAUUAUAAGAGCUGGGGCAAGGGAGAAGCCUCCGGGGCUGUGCAACUAUUUGCCAACACCGCGAAAGAGUAUAUGAAUAAACAUGGUGCAACCGCACAGGACUUUGCAGAGAUAGCACGGAUCAACCACGCUCACUCCAAGAAGAACCCCUAUGCUCAGUUUCAAAAGGAGUUUUCUCUAGAACAGAUCAUGUCGGGCCCCAUGAUCCAGGAGCCCUUAACCAUGUCCCAGUGCUGUCCGACGAGUGACGGGGGUGCGGCGGCGAUUAUCGUUUCCGAAGACUUUCUGAACGCACGACCUCACCUCCGGAGUCAAGCCAUCCUCAUCGCUGGUCAGUCUUUCGUCACCGAUUCUCCGUCCGCAUUCGACGGAUCGGCUGCCUCGUUGGUCGGCGCUGGCCUCGCCAGGACCGCCGUCAAGGAAGCCUUGAAACAGGCAAACGCCUCGAUCGCGGACAUCAAAGUAGUGGAACUUCACGACUGCUUCUCCUCGGCCGAGAUGAUGGCAUUGGACGCUCUGGGUCUAUCGGAGCCUGGCAAGGCCCACGAGCUCGUCCGCAACAAGGACAUCACCUUUGGGGGUAGGUACGUCGUCAAUCCGUCAGGCGGACUCUUGUCCAAGGGCCACCCCCUCGGCGCGACGGGAAUCGCCCAAUGUGCCGAGCUGGUGUGGCAACUCCGUGGCUGGGCCACGAAUAGACUGGUCCCAGGUAUCGACGUUGCACUCGCCCACAACGCCGGGUUGGGCAGCGCAGGCGUCGUGACUAUCUACAAGCGCGUGGACGGCCAGAAGAAUCGCCCCGUGGACGAUGAAGAGGUCGCGAAGAUCACGGGUCUGGGUUAUAAUCCCGCAGUACAGGCGAAGGGUUUUACCAGGGCACAAGCAGAUAGCGCCCGGUCCAAACGACGCAGUGAAUGGGCUCUCGAAGGGACAUUGGAUAAAGUGCAGUCGAAGUUUUAG